AUGGGCAACUGGAGGUCGUGCGGUAUCUGGUCGAGCAAUGCUCAGCCCCCGAGACUACCACAGGUGAGGGCGGCUACAAGCGGCAACGCUCAAGUCGUUCGGUACCUCACUGCACUCUGUGGAGAGGUUGGAGAGAAGGAGGAAGCUCUGAGAGAGGCUGCCAAGGGAGGUCACCUGGAGGAGGUGCAGUGCCUCGCUGAGGAGUUCGGUGCUGAUGUGAAUAGCCGGGUGGCGGAUACGCCGCUGCUGUGGGGUGCUAAGUGCGUGCGCUAUCUUGUCGAACAACGCGGCGUUGAUGCGAACGUCAGAGGCUGGGGCCAGUCCAAGGUGCUGAUGAGGCGGCUGAACGCGGUCAUUUUCACGUCGUACGAUACAUCGUCGAACACUGCGACGCUCACGGGGGCCGCUGCGAACGGCCACAUUGAGAUCGUGCGUGUAGCUUUUGCUCUACAUGAAGACCAUGAGUGCAAGUGCAGACACGAAGAAGAAGGACACGAAGGACGAGAAGAAGGCCGCUCACCCACCGUUCGAUGGCAAGGAUGGUUCGAGCGCAUGAAGUUGAAGCUGGAACGCAAGGGCGUGUGGAAGUACUGUGAGAAGGACAUCGAGGAGCCGGAGGAGUCGAAGCAGGAUGAGCACGACGCGUGCAAGAAGAACUCUGCGCACGCUAAGGAGCUACUCUACGACGGAAUGACAGACAAGAUAAUGAAAACUGUGAAGUUUGAGCCGACUGCGCUCCGUAGCUCGCGUAUGAUCGACGCCAACGACGAAAGCUGGACGAAGGUAGUGAAGACCAAGCUUUGUUUGGAGGAUCUGGUAGAGGUCGGGACCGAGGCCGAGAUCGUGGUCGUGGUCGUGGCCGUGGUUCUGAUCGUGGCCGAGGGCGUAGUUUUGGUCGUGGUGGUGGCCGAGGAAGCAGCCAAGGAGCUGGACGUGGUCACGGAUGACAAGGUAUCAGUAGAGGAAGAUGCUUUCAUUGUGGAGAGCAAUCGCACCAAGUGCUGGACUGCCCGCACUUAG